AUGGUCAGCACAGUAUCAAGGGAUCACUAUUUCUCUCUAGCUAGUGAAAUUGAGUCGGAGCGUAUCUCUGGAGCAAUCUCCCUCAUCAAGGAGUUGCAAGCAGCUAACGAACCAAAAGAAUGGGAUUACGCAUUAUCAAGACUUAUCAAGGGAUUGGCUUCUCCUAGGGCUGCAGCUAGAAUUGGAUUUUCUACAGCUUUGUCUGAAAUUUUGAAUAUUCUUCAAUCAGAGGAUAAAAUAACUGUGGAACUGUAUCUACAGAUUCUUAACACUCAACUAAACGUUAUCAAGAGCUCCAAGAAGGGGAAAGAUGAAAGAGCUAAUUUGUUUGGUCAUCUCUUUGGGUUAAAAUCUUUAGUUAAUUCUAACCUUUUUUUUAAAGCAAAGAACUUUGAUGAAGUUUUCCAUAAGUUUAUCAACGAAAUUAUUGAAUUGUCACUCUCUAAAUCCUGGAUUAGAGAAUCAUGUUUCCAUACCCUUUUUGAAUUUUUGGGGAAAUUGAUGCCAAAAUUAAAAGACGAGCAAUUUAUUGAUGUUUUCAAAAUUAUUUCUGCAAAAAAACUUUCUUUAUCAACUGAAGGUCUUUCGAUUUACUUGUUGUUACAUUUGCAUAAUAAGGCACAUAUUUUCAGUAAAUUAAAUUCGAUAAAUGAUUGGAAAUCUAACAAUCCAAUGGUCAAACUGAAUUUACAUAUACUUGCCAAAACCCUUAAGGACAUUGACGCGUCUGCUGGUAAUGAUCCAGAGCAGCAGCGAGACAAUAAAUCUAAAAAGGAUUCCACUCAAAAGGGCGCCUGGUCCCCAAACUUGCAUUUCGUGUGGCCCUUGAUUAUUCGUUCUGUGAUUCAUAAUGACCUUCAGGCUACAGAACUGUCUAACGAAACAAUCAUAACUAAGGAUUCGUCUAAUUCUAAAAGACGCAAGACAUCAGACUCUAAAUCCUCCAAAAAGCAAAAGCUUGCCAGUGGCGCUGCCAACAAUUCUGAAGAAUUAAUCAAAAUCAAAGAGUUUUGGAAAAUUAUCAUCAAUGACUCAUUGUUUUCUCUUAAAGCUUCUCCUGAACGUAAAUAUUGGGGGUUCAAAGUAUUUGAGCUUUUUGUUAAUGAAAUUUCUGUUUCUCAAAAGACUGCCACCUCAGACAUUGAUAUUAUUGAUAAAAUUGAUUAUUUAUUUACCGAAAAUUUCGUCCGUACUUUGAUCAAUCAAUCUGGAAACUCAUCAAGACUCUUAAAUGGACUUGUGAAAAAGACUCUCCUUAACCAAUUUAUAAUUAAAAAAUUGUCAUCAAAAGCAGAAAAUGUUCCUCUUUGUCUUGCCCUUCUUAGAAAUUUCUGGUUUUGCCCAUAUAGCAACAUGAACUUCGAUACCAUUACCGGUACCAAGACAACCGAAUCUUUACUCAAUACUAUUGCAACCUUUGGUUCAUUUGAUGAGCUUGUUGUCAUUUCAAACACCCUUCUUAAAGUAUUGGAAGACCCAUUAUCACAUCUCAAUAAUAUCGAAAUCCAACAAAUCGAAAAAAAAUCCGAAUCUUCUGAUGCCCAGAAAUUGAUAUUCAUUGAAAAGAAACAGAAAUGGUGUGUCAGUCAAGUUUCCUUAUUAUUAAAGUUUUACCGUGUGAGAUGGAAUGCCAAUACCAACCCCCACGAGAAUGUCACUGUUGGCGAAGAAAUUCGUAACGAAUGGCUCGAUGACAUUAUCAAGAAGCUUGUUCUUUAUGGUUAUUUCAAGCCGGCAAACGAGGAGGAGGAACAAAAUGAAGCUACUUAUGUUGUUGAGGUUUCUAACAUGAUUUCCAGAAAACUUGGUCCAUUGUUACUCGAUUUACUCCCAUUAAAGAGAGUAGACAACAGCUCAUGGCUUUAUACCGCCCUUAAAGAAGCCAGGGGGAUCGAGAGUCGUAAGUCUUCAAAAUCAAAAACUUCUAAUAUUAAAUACAUUCCAAAGAUUGAUAUUGACCAGGAGCUUCAACGGGUGCGUUCAAAGAACUUCAAAUUAUUGACCAAGAUUUCUCAAAGAAAACAACAAAUUAUUGAAACCGAUAAUAAAUCUGCAUCCUAUAAUCUGACCUCAAAACGCGCCACCGUUGUGAAAAAACUUUCAUCCUUUGAAUUGAUUUUCUCGAUCGUUUUGCUACAUUUCUAUUCUGAUAUUGAUGCUGUUGCAGAUUCUGUUGCAAUUUUAGAUGAAGUUUCGGCAGCUUACAAGAAAUUCCAUUUAGCUGAAGAAUUAAGUAAUGACGCCAGCGAUGCUAAUGAUAAUUACAGCAAUGACUCUAAUAAUGAUGAAGAUGAUGAGGAUGAGGAUGAUGAUGAUGAUAAUGAGGAUGAUGAACUGAACGACGAGGAUGAAAGUGAUAGAAAUACUAACGGGUCUGACUCGAUAGCUACAGGGCAAACUAAUGAAUCUGAAGAAGAGUUUGGCUCGAUUGAUAUUCUAUUAGAGAUUAUUCUUGGGUUUGUCCACCAAAAAAGUUCCUUGUCUAAGAAAUUAUCAUUGAUUGUCUGGGAAACUUUUGUUGGGGAUUUGAGAUACAGAAAUUUCAAAAGUUUGUACGAGAUCUUGGCAGUUAAGGAAAAUGUUGAAGGUCAAAAGAAACUUUUUAACACUGGGGAUGGUGAUGACAAUGAAGAAGAAGAUGAUGAUAAUGAGGAGGAAGAGGAAGAAGAUGGCGAGGAAGAGGAUAGUGAAGAAGAAGACGUGGAUUCUGAAUCCAAGGAUUUCCUCGAUGUUAUUGAUAAGAAAACUACUGAUGAACUUGCCAAAGCUUUGAAAAUUCCAACCAAGGAUGGCAAGAUUGUCGAGAAUUCUGAUUCUGAAUCAGUUAGUGAUGAUUCUUCUUCUUUUUCGUCUGAUGAUGAUGAUAAUGAUGAUGAUGAUGAUGAUGAUAAUGACUUAGAUGGUGAUGCUGGGGACAAUGAUGAUGACGAUAACUCUUCGGAUGAAGAAUCCAUGGAUGAUGAACAAAUGAUGGCUAUUGAUUCUCAACUUUCAAUGAUUUUCAAGCAACGUCAAAGUGCUCUAAAUGCCAAUCAUUCAAAGAGUGGUACCAAACGCCAUGAAGCCAAGAUCGAAGCCCAGGAAAACAUGGUAUUUUUCAAGAACAGAAUCCUUGAUUUACUUGAUAUUUAUGUAGAAAAACUUGUGAAAUCCUCAUCCACUAGCGGUAGUAUGAAUGAUGAAUGGUAUGUUUGUCUUUCUAUGGCCUCUCCAUUGUUGGAUUUGAUGGGGUUGACUUUAAAUGGUGAUUUGCGUGAUAAGGCUCAUAAACUUUUGAAAAAAUUGGUCAAAGUGAAAGUGGUAUUAUCCAAAGAUCAUCUUGGAGAACCAACCGAAGAAGGAGAAGAAUGGUUUGUGAAUGUCGAUUCCUUGUUUAAUAUGCUUGGCUCGAUUCAUGAAGAGAUUGGCGAUGCUUCAACCGCUGCGUUGUUUGCAGCUUACAGCCAAUACUCUUUGUACUUGAGCAAGAUUUUGAUUGGGUACGAUUCCAACAACGUUGAUAAAGUGGUGGACGUUUACACCGAGAGUAUGAAACAGUGGAUCAAGAGCAAGAAUUCCAAAAUCAAUGGAUCGAUGUUCUUUGAUCUAAUCAAUUAUUUUUCCAGCUUUAAACAAAAAUAG